AUGCGUCUCGCCUCCGUCAUCCUCGCCUUGGCCUCCAGCGCCCUCGCCUUCCUGCCCGCUAAUCACGCAUGCGGCGACAGCAUUGAAUGCUCAAACAACUGCUAUCAAGGCCGAUACGAAGUUGUUUCCACCCUCGGCGGCCAGUUCUUCGGCUGCAAGACAGGUCGUCCCGAGACUUAUGCUGCUCUCGAAUGCCAAACCGGAAACAACCGUGACGUCUACUACUCUUGCAUCACUGCUGGCGGAAACCUGGCCUGUGCCGGUGUCUGUGUCAUCAAAGAGGAAUACUACCCUACUUUCAAGAAGACCUGCGAGGAUCGCACUGGUGAGCUAUAUGCUGUUGGCCGCCAGCUGAGCUAUGAUGCUGCUUGGAAGAUUGGCUCUUGUUCUGAUUGA